AUGACGGUCGACAUCAAAGCCAAAGUGACCGAAUGGCUCAACUGGGAUAAAAAUGACAAAACUCGAGCCGAAAUCGAGAAGCUCGUGGCUGAUGGCAAAGAUGAUGAACUCAAAGCACGUAUGGAAGGGCGUCUCUUGUUCGGAACGGCUGGCAUCCGUGCUCCAAUGCAAGCAGGGUUUGCGCGACUGAACGAUUUGACAAUAAUCCAGACCACGCACGGAUUCGCCCAAUACUUGAAACAACAAUUCCCGAAUGGAAAUAAUGGAGUGGCGAUUGGCUUUGAUGGCCGUCACAACAGCAGGCGAUUUGCAUCAUUGGCCGGAAAUGUCUUUAUAAAGAACGGGAUCAAGGUCUAUUUGUUCAGCGAAGUAGCUCCGACCCCAGUUGUGUCGUGGGCUGUCAUCCACCUAAAAUGUUCGGCCGGCUUGAUGAUUACAGCUUCACACAACCCGAAGGAGGACAAUGGAUAUAAGGCUUAUUGGAGUAAUGGAGCCCAGAUCAUUGGCCCGCAUGAUGUGGAGAUUGUGAGAAUCAAAGAGGCGGAACCGGAGCCUAGGGCUGAAUAUUGGGAUCUCAGCGAGUUCGAUAAAAGUCCGCUUCUCUAUUCGGCUGACGUGACUAUUGACCCUUACUUUGUGGCCGAAAAGAGCAACAAUUUCUACAGGGCUCUGAAUGCAAAAACCCCACUGAAAUUUACCUAUUCGGCCUUCCACGGAAUCGGAUAUCAAUAUGCGACUCGAAUGCUAAGGGAAUUCGGAUUCUCGGAUGCAAAUGUGAUUAGCGUGAAGGAACAACAAGAGCCGAAUCCCGAUUUCCCUACCGUACCCUUCCCUAACCCGGAGGAAGGCAGAAAGGUUCUGACCCUGUCUCUUGAGACUGCCGACAAAAAUGGAUCUACCGUAAUCUUGGCAAACGACCCUGAUGCGGAUCGUCUUCAAAUGGCCGAGAAGCAGCCAAACGGUGAGUGGUAUAUUUUCACCGGUAACGAGAUGGGCACCCUGAUGACCUGGUGGGUAUGGAUGAACUGGCGUGAGCGAAACCCGGAUGCUGAUCUUUCGAACAUUUACAUGCUGAAUUCCGCCGUCAGUAGUCAAGUUGUAAAAACUAUUGCUGAGAAAGAAGGAUUCCAAAAUGACAUCACCCUGACUGGAUUCAAAUGGAUGGGGAAUGUUGCCGAUGAUUUGAAGGCUCAGGGCAAGAAAGUCAUCUUGGCCUGGGAAGAAUCGAUCGGAUUUAUGCCGGGACAUACACUUGAUAAAGAUGGUGUGAGUUCGGCCGCGAUUUUUGCCGAGAUGGCCACCUGGUUGCACGAAAACAAGAAAUCUCUACACGACCAAUUGUUUUCGCUAUAUGAAAAAUAUGGCUUCCAUCUGGUGCGCUCAACUUAUUGGAUCGUUCCCGAUCCGAGUGUGACGAAGGAGCUUUUUGCCACGUUGCGCCAAGACUUGAAGUACCCGACAAAGAUCGGAAAGGAAGACGUCGCCCACAUCCGCGAUUUAACUAUUGGCUACGACAAUUCGCAACCCGGCAACAAACCGCGCCUUCCAAUCUCUACUUCUUCUGAAAUGGUAACAUUCACUUUGGCGAACGGCAGUUUGAUCACCCUACGCGCUUCCGGGACAGAGCCGAAGAUCAAGUACUACAUCGAACUCCGUACGGCACCUGGAAAGAAGCAGAGUGACCUUGGAGAAGUGCUGGAAGAGUUGAAUCAGCUGGAACAAGGUGUGGUCGACACGCUGCUCAGGCCGAAGCAAUUUGGAUUGAUUCCACGGAAA